AUGGGCCAGAUGCUGUCUCAGGAUGCGAUACGCUGUGACGUCGCGUCCACUCCGCCAUCCCAGACCUUGUACACCAGACACGGGGCCGUCCGCGAGCUCUUGUCAGGCAUCGUUGACUAUGCAGGCAGCGAUUGCAGCACCACGGUUCGUCCCUAUCGGCGGGAUCAGGUUUCUCUUCCAGAUCCCGGGAGGCCCUCGGCGGAUCUACUGUCUACCCUCCCGGAGCCUGACCAGGAUUUGCUGAAGUCAUGGGAUACUCAUAUGCUUGCUGACCCUGCUGAUGUGGGGUUCUAUCGAGAGUCGGGACAUCAGUUUAGGUUGUACUUCGACGAGAUUUUUAAAGCGCAGCGAGGAGUCUACGUUGAGUUUUUGAGAGACCUUAGCGACGCCAAGAUGAUUGGUUGGACAGAGAAGCCUCUGAGCCUGGUGACCCCUUUCUUCGUAGUAAAGAAGCACGACAGGUUACGACUCAUCAUGGAUUGCCGAAACACGAACCUCCUCUUCCGAGCACCCCCUGCCCCUGAGAUGGGCACGGCUGCAGCAUGGGGCAACCUGGAGCGUCCCGAGGCUCGUCCUGGAACCGAGGCCGGCGGAGCUGACGACAGCGGAAGCGGCGGAAGCAAGCUCUGGGUAGCCCAGGCGGACGUGAAGGAUUGUUUCCACUGCGUUCGCAAUCUUCCAGAGCUGUGCCCGUAUUUUUGCAUGCCGCCGAUCACGGAGGGAGAGAGAGCCGACGCUGGUAUUGUUGGCCCUAGUGGCCUUGGGGAUCUGGCACGUGAGGUAUCGGUUUACCCUAUGCUGCUGACUCUUCCAAUGGGGUUCUCCUGGGCCUUCUAUUUCGUCCAGCGCCUCGUGGAGCACCAGUGCAGAGUUUCCUUGGCUGGGGCUGGCUUGGCUUUCAAGUUCCUGAGAGACCAGGCCCCUGCUCCGGAUCUUGGGACCCAGUUGGCCGUUCUACCCUAUUGCGACAACAUCAAUGUGGCAGGCAUCAGGAGGGAGGAGGUGAAGGAGGCUAAGGAUGUGAUCGUUCGGAGGCUUCGUUUCGUGCAGUUCACUGUCCAUGAGGAGACCGAGCCCGAGACCCUGUCGUACUCGCUGGGUCGCGUUAUCGAUGGGGAGUCCUGGGUGGUUCGUAAUCGGUCUGAACGAGGGGAACGUCUUCGCAAGGUUUGUGAGGCUCUUGAGGGGGGUCAACCAGUGACGGGUAGGCAGAUGAAGCAGUACCUUGGCCACGUGGUCGAUUUCUUUCUGAUUAGACGGGAGGUCCUCUCGGUGCUCAGAGCCUGCUACGACUUUGCGCAGGCGGCAGAGAAGAAGCCCCAGAGUUUGUGGGCUUCUGCACGGCGCGAAGUUCGCUGGAUACGUUCUCUAACUUUCAUUGGCCUCGCUCGGUUGGACAGGCCAUGGCACGAUACAGUUGUGUCGACUGAUGCGUGCGAGUCUGGUGCAGGGAUUGCUGCGCGCCAGGCUGACCCCUCAGAAGCUCCUGAGGACCUGGAGGUCAACCCAGGGUUCGACGAGAUCCCAGAGGCCUUCAUGGACCCCGACAAGUGGCACGAGGUGUUUGCUAUGCGUUUCAGGAAGGAGGAGGCUAUACCUAUUCUGGAAGGUCGGGCGUCUCUGUUGGGGAUACAGCAUUAUAUGAGGUCGUCUCGGUCUUUUGGAAAGCGUCUUCUACUCGUGGGGGACCAGCUGGGGAACACACUUGCUAUUGGGCGCUCUCGGGCAUCAUCGUACGACCUGCUCAUCAUCAUCAGGCGUAUUGCUACCUACAUGUUGGCUACUGGCUCGAGUCUAUCUGCACGAUGGACCCCCUCUGAGCUCAAUGAGGGCAAGAAGACGGCUCUGGCGCGUCACGGGGAGGGCGUGACCUCACGGCCUGCGGGCUCGACGCCGCUGCGCCUCCAACGCCAGGGAGCUGUGGAGCGCAUCUCGGGCCCCUCGAGAGACAUCCGUCGAGAGAGGCGCCAGAGCAUCUUCGGGGCCUUCGAGCGUCUUGCCCUGUCGGGCCAGCAUUCCAUUCUCGAACGUCACUCGAUUACGGCACCCACGGAGGGCCUGUACACAGCCUGGUGGGAGGAGCUCCAGGAUUUUGUGGCCAUGAACGGCUACACCUUGGACAGCGUGAGGAAUGCCGACAUUGCGCUGGUGGACUUCGCGGACUACUUGUUUCUCGAAGGGUUCGAGCGGCCCGACCUCAUGAAGAUGUACGCCGCGGCCGCCUGGCACCUGGCCGGCCUGUCCCCCAUCGGGAAGCUGCGUUUUCCGCGGUUCUCCCGCGCCGCUCGGGGGCUGGGCCUGCUGGCUCCAGCGCAGACCGUGCCGCCCGUCCCGUUCGAGCUGGUGUGCUGGAUCGCCUGGCACAUAUACCUCCGCCUCCAGGACUGGACCAUCCCGCUCUGCCUGCUGACCAUGUUCGCCUGCUACUUCAGGCCUGUGGACGUCCACAGCUUGAGGGAGGAGGACCUGGUGCCGCCAGGAGGUUCGAGCACUCACUGGGUGCUCAACGUGCACCCUGCCCGCCGCGGAGAGACGUCAAAGGUGGGGGUGUCCGACGAGGCGCUGCUCCUCGACUCUCCGUGCCUCCCAGGUCUGGGCCCCGCGCUGCAUCGGCGACUUCGAGGCCAACGGCUGGCCAAGUUGUUCGAGGUCAGCGAGAGGGAGCUCAGCAUGCAGUGGGGCCGCUCGCAGGAGCAGCUCGGGCUGCUCCCCUCCCAGCGGCAUCGCCUGUACCAGAUCCGCCACGCGGGGCCGUCCCACGACAUCCUCAUGGGGGUCCGCACGCUCCUCGACGUCAAGCGCCGAGGGAGGUGGAGCUCGGACGCGACCGUCAAGCGGUACGAGGCGGCGGGGGUGGUGCAGCAGGAGUGGGCCAAGCUGUCGACGGCACAACAGGCCGCCGCGUCUCGCGCGGCGGAGUGGAUGCAGUCUCAGGUGGGUAUGUUCUCCGCCCCCAGCCCGGGCGGGCGCGGCGCUGGAGGACACCGUGGCUCCUCCAGGAGCUGUACUGCGGCACGCACGGGAUCCUCGACAGCGCGGGCCGCCAGGGCAUCGGCGGCGUCGGCUGGGACACGGGAAUCAGUUCAAAGGCCGACCUCUCGAGUGCGGCCGUCAUCAGGAACAUCGCCCGCGACUUCCAAACGGGCAAGAACCGCUUCGGGCUGA